UGUGAGAGACGGGUCAGAGAUGGAAUUGGGAGAAGCCAAGAGGCGAUGCAGAGAUGUAAUAGAGAGAAUAGAGAGUUUACCGGCUUCUUGCAAACGCACUCUCCUCAAGUUGGCGCACUCUGAACUCUCCUUCCUCUCCCGCGCCGCCACCUCCGAGCGGCCUCUCAGUUUAAAUAUCGGGCACAUCGAGGCAGUUGUUCACAUUCUCCACCUCCCUUGCAUCACCGGCGUCUCUCGCGUUUGCAAGCCUAUUCCUCUCUCUCCUUCCCUUAAUGUUCAUGUUGAUAUUGCCUGCACCCUCAACACCAACCCUGUCUGGAUUAUUGUUUCCGAUCGAAACCCCAACUACAUCACCUGCAACGGCUUGCAUUCCCGCCUCCACCAACUCACUGCCGCCGCCGCCUCUGCUAGUGUGGCUCUCAGACCCUCCUCCCUUAUUCUUUUCUUCUCUCAUGGACUCAGCAGCUUCUUAUCUGAUAAACUCAUGCAUGAAUUUGGGGCCACCCUGGUUCUGCUGGGCCAUCCUAGUUUUCAUUUCCAUCUCAUUGAGGAAGCCGGCGAUUGGAUCCAUGUACUCCUUCCCAGGACAUAUCAGGAGGCUUCUGUUUUUGAGAUCAAACUUGGUGAUCCAAAACCUGAUCAUGUUUCAUGUUUACAAUCUCAUGUCAUGGCUGCCCAUUGGGAUUUGCCAGAGGACACCUCCUCACCACUGUUUCCACCAUUUACUUCGCUGCUCUCCAAAAUGCACUUGUUCCCUUUGGAUGUGGAAACCAUGGAGACAGCCAAAAUGGGUCACUGUGAAGUUGUCAACUUUGAUACCACAGCUUUGAUUGCUCUUGUUUCGGCUAUUAGUAACGGAGGCACACAGAAACUUUUGGCUACUCCAGAAAGUGAAUUGAGGCGCCGUUUUAAAGGCAACUAUGAGUUUGUGAUUGGACAGGUGAUGUCUGAAAUUCAGAAUCCAAUUCUUGUCGAACUUGAUAGCACAAUAUCUGGAAAGGGGGGCAUUAUUUGUGAAACUGUUCAUUCAGAGUUCAAGGAAUUAGUGACAAUGUAUGGAGGGCCUAAUGAGAAGUUGAGAACUAGUCACCUCUUAAAAUAUCUCAGAGUUGUUCCUGAUAGCCCCUCUAAACGCAUGAUGAGCCUUCCGACCACUCGAAAACUGGCUUUGAAGUGUAAGGUUGUUUUUGGUACUGGUGAUUACUGGUAUGCUCCGACUGCAACAGCUAAUAUGGCAUUUGUGAGAGCGGUUUCACAAGCUGGGAUGUCCUUGCGUACCAUUGAGCACGGACCACGUGCAUUAACUGGGGAUUAGUAUUAUGUCUUCAGAUCAAAAGCUGAAACAUGCAUACUUGGAUAGCAAUGGCAGGUAAAGCUAUGACAGUUUACAAAAAUAAGAUCUUGGGUCUGUCUCUGCAUGCAUCCCUAGCUUAACUGGUAAUUGUUUGAUUGAAAGUGUGUUUGAAAAUGAGAUAUUGAAUUAUGUAAUAUAAUUGUUUAUUUGUAAGUUUGUGGCUAAAAUGGUUGGUUACAACUGUAUGAAACUUGAAGAAUAAUUCAUGUCCACCUGCAAACCACCCACUUAAAUUUCAAUCAUAAGAGUUGGCUGCUAUUCACUAUAGA